CUUCAUCCUCUUUCUUUCUCUUUAACAAUGAAGCUCUCUGCUAGCAUUGCUGCUCUCUUGGCAAUUGCCUCCUUCUCCGCUGUUAAGGCUGCCCCUGCUGUCGGUGUCUCUACUGUCCCAGUUGACAAAACCCAUACCUUCACUCUUACCAGCAACCCUAGCUUCAAGCCCAAUGCUACUCGUGCCAUCUUGAAGGCCAGGGGAAAGUAUGCCAGAUUCUCCAACGACCCAACUACCUUUGCUACUGGAACCAUUCCUAUGGUUGAUUAUGAGGGUGAUGUUGAGUACUAUGGUACCGUUCAGGUCGGAACUCCUCCUCAGUCUCUCAAGCUUGACUUUGAUACUGGCUCUGCUGAUCUCUGGUUUGCUUCUACUCUCUGCACCUCUUGCGGAUCUGGUCAAACCAAGUACAACUCUGCCAAGUCCAGCACUUACGUAUCCAGCACCAAGACCUGGUCCAUCAGCUACGGUGAUGGAUCCUCUGCCAGUGGAACUGUUGGCUAUGACACAGUCAACCUUGGUGGUCUCUCAAUCACUAAUCAAGGUAUUGAGCUUGCCAAGAAGGAAUCUAGCUCUUUCCAAAGCGACCCUGUUGAUGGUCUUCUCGGACUUGCCUUCGAUUCCAUCAUCACUGCCUCUGGUGUCAAGACCCCUAUGGACAACUUGAUCAGCCAGGGUCUGAUCAGCCAGCCUAUCUUUGGUGUUUACCUUGGAAAAUCUAGCACUACUAAUGUCGGAGAGUACGUUUUUGGUGGCUACAACGCUGCCCAUGUUGGUGGAACCUUGACAACCGUCCCUGUUGAUAAAUCAGAUGGUUUCUGGAGCAUUAGUGUCAGUGGUCUCACUGCCGGCUCAAGCAGCUUGGGAAGCUUCAGCGGUAUUGUCGACACCGGAACCACCCUCCUCAUCCUCACCAACACUGUCGCCGCCAAGGUCGCCAAGGCUUACGGUGCCACCGACAACUACGAUGGUACUUACACCAUCAAGUGCGAUACCUCUAGCUUCUCUCCUUUGGUAUUCACUAUUAACGGUGCCAAGUUCAGUGUUCCUGCCUCUGACCUUGUGUUUGAGCAAGAUGGUUCCACUUGCAUUGCUGGCUUUGGUUAUGCUGAUAUGGACUUUGCUAUCCUCGGAGAUGUCUUUAUCAAGAACAACUAUGUUGUUUUCAACCAAGCCGUCCCCCAGCUCCAGAUUGCUCCCGUCAAAUAAGCAGCUUUUUCGAGCUAUCUCAAUAUAUUCCUGCUUCCCAGGAGACAUUAACUGAUAAUAUUAUUUUUUGAUGAUACUCUUUAGCAUAUUGAGAUUCUUAUAUCCUUUAUUUAUUUAUUUAUUUAUUUAUUUAUUUAUUUAUUUAUUUAUUUUAUUUUAUUUAUUUGUUACAUGUAACUAUAUUCCUUUUUCUUCUGCUAAUAAAUGAUCACUAUUAC